UUGAACCCCACUGUGGUUGACCCAAGCUGGCGGUCACUUCCUGGUUAGAUCGGGCAAGGAGGUUAUAUUGUUCACCGAGGUUGAGCUUGGACUUUGUGCCAGAGUGAUAAGUCAGCUGAAGCUCGUGGGACUUCAGCAUGGCGUUAUCACAAGAACACCCUCUGCCCGAGCCUCCUCCCUACAUGGAGUACCAGGGAAUAUUGUUCCCAGCAAAUAAUGUUAAAAAGGAAUGCCUGGAAGCGAUGAAGACGUUUAAAAUAAGUGACGAUGAUGUGGUGAUAGUGAGCUAUCCUAAAAGCGGUACCACCUGGAUGUUCGAAGUUGUGCAUAAGAUUCUUGGUGGAAAGAAGGAAAACCUAUCGCCUAUCGUACCUGAGUUAUGGCUCCCAGGACAGAAAGAACCCGCCUACGUCCAGCUGCGUGACUCUCCAUCUCCUCGGCUGAUGUAUACUCAUCUCCAACCCAAAAUGGCACCUCCAGGAUUGGCAGCUCCAGCCAACAAGGUGAAAGCCAUCGUCGUCCUGCGAAACCCAAAAGAUAUCUGUGUGUCAUAUUACCACUUCAGCCAAAAAUGUGACCAUCUAAAGACCCCAGACUCUUGGGAGCAGUAUUGUAAGGACUUCUUGGAUGGAAAAAACCUCUAUGGUGACUACUUUGAUCACGUGCUGGGCUGGUGGCAAAUGAAAGAUGAUCCCCACUUCCUUUUUGUCAAGUACGAAGAUAUGAAGAAGGAUUUUCGCUCGUCAGUGAAGACUAUAGCAGCCUGCCUAGAGAAAGAACUGACCGAUGAACAGCUGUCUAGUGUUAUGAACAGCUGCAGCUUGGAGUCAAUGAGGAAGACAUUGGCGGAAUCUGAUACAUUUAGAAAGAACAUUGUCAGGAAUGGUAUGGUAGGAGAUUGGAAGAACCACUUCUCGGCCGAGGAGAGCGCCAGGUUUGACCAGAAGUACCGGGAACGGAUGGCGGGAACAGGGCUGGAGUUUGACUUUCAGUAGCGGCCCCAAAUGCCUGUAACGUUACUAAGAAAUAGGAUGUCUACUUUCAAAAAGCAAAACAUUGCUCAAGUACUCACAUGUAUUUUGGUGCGUACAAACUGAUACACGUCUACGGUACAAAGUAUACAUGCUUACAGAAUCAACAAGUGCUCGGAGACCUCAUAUCUCUAUGAAAUAUUUAGAGUCAUUGUAGAUUUAUAGUUUCAUCUUAUUUCUUUGAACAUGCAAAUAAGGCUGUAAUUAGCAUAAUAUAUUUCAUUUAUGAUUUUUGGCAAAAUUCCAUGUUUACAUUCUGUCAUAGAUUAUGCAAAUUACUUGCACAUUUACAUAGUAUAUGCAUAGUAGCGUGCACAUGUAAUGACAUACGUUUGACAUGUAUGUAAUGCUCAUUUAACACUUCAACGGGGCCUGAGGUAUUAUGGUUAUUUCACUUUGAUUAUGUAAAUUAUGGAAAAGACUGGGAUUACAGAUUUCCUUCUUGAUUAUACAAAUCAAGUACUAAUUUACAUAAUCUAAACCUUAAGAUUACCAUGAGAUGUGAAAUUUAUGAGGUAAUAAUUUGCAUAUCAAUUUCAAAUUCAAAAUUACAAAAAGCUGUUACACUUCUAAUAUUCAGACAGAGAGGAAUGUAGCAACAUGUUGAUUAUGCAAAUUUUGACAAUUAUCUCCAUGAUUUAUACAGGCAGUAAAAUAAACGGACGUCAAGCUUUA